CGGCCCGGGCUGCCUGCCGCUGAUGAGUUACCCCUGGCCUGCGACCCCGCCGAGGCGUGCGGGAGACUCCCCGCUCCUCCUCCCGGCUCCCGCGUUAUUAUUCUCGUCCUUGCAAAGCUAUCUGGGCGGUGGGGUGAAAGCCCGAAGCGGGGCACGCGCCGCAACCCCCCCCCCCCCAUCCUCCGGGGAAGAACAGGGUUCCCGAGAGCCGGGGAGCGGCGCUUACGCCAAAUUUUCUGGCGCACCCUUGAAAGUCAGUGUCAUAGAUAACACCUGGAGAGGUUCAAGAGGAGAUGUACCAAUUUUGACCACUGAAGACAAGAUUGUUUCUCAACCAGCAAAAAUACUGAACUUUUUAAGAAAACAGAAAUAUAAUGCUGAUUAUGAACUCUCCGCAAGACAAGGGGCAGAUACCCUGGCUUACAUUGCUCUCCUUGAAGAGAAGCUUCUUCCUGCAGUGCUUCACACAUUCUGGGUUGAAAGUGACAAUUACUUUACUGUGACAAAGCCAUGGUUUGCUUCACGAAUUCCCUUUCCCUUGAGUUUGAUCCUUCCUGGAAGAAUGUCUAAGGGAGCACUGACUAGGAUUCUCCUGACCAGAGGAGAGCCUCCCCUCUACCACCUCCGAGAAGUGGAAGCACAGAUAUACAGAGAUGCCAAGGAGUGCCUAAAUCUUCUGUCAAACAGAUUGGGAACAUCUCAGUUUUUCUUUGGAGAUACGCCUUCUACCUUGGAUGCCUAUGUGUUUGGUUUUCUCGCACCUCUUUAUAAAGUACGCUUCCCUAAAGUUCAGUUACAAGAACAUUUGAAACAGCUCUCCAACCUGUGUCGCUUUUGUGAUGACAUCCUCAACACUUAUUUUAGGCUUAGUCUUGGAGGCAUCUCUCCUGCUGGACAAGAAACGGUAGAUGCAAAUCUGCAGAAACUCACACAGCUUGUAAAUAAGGAAUCCAACUUGAUUGAAAAGAUGGAUGACAAUCUUCGCCAAAGCCCUCAACUUCCUCCUCGGAAAUUGCCAACACUUAAAUUGACUCCAGCAGCAGAAGAAAGUGAUUCCUUACAGCGGCUAUCACCCUGACAGACAGCAUGCUUUGUGUCAAAGUCAUAUGAUCAUUGCAGUAAUCUCUUAUACUAAUUGUGUGAAAACACAAAGAAAAUGCUGCUAAUAGGUAUGAGGAAGACUCUAAAGCAAGAGAAACUUUCUGUGACAUCUAUUUUUUUAAAUUAGGAAGCUUGUCUUUUAGCUGGCAAUGCACUUUAAAUACCACCAAAAUAAAUACUAAAUGAACUUGGGGGCGGGGGGGAGAAAACAUAAUGUACUGUAUAUAUUUAAAAAAUAACAACCAGUCUUAAUCUUGGCAGAUUUUUGCCUUUUGCAAAGAAAAAUUACUUAUAAGAGAAUCUUAUUUUAGUGGCUGAGGUGCUUCUGUUGUGCUAAAACAUGGUUCACAUGUUGCUGACCAAAAGCUACAAUUCUGUUCUGAAUGUGCACUCUUAAUUUAUUCAAGCUAAUUUAUUAAUUUUAGUUUCUUAAAGCAGUAUAAAUAACUAAUAUGUGGUCCCAUGGCUGAGGCCUUUUGCUUCUUUUUAGAAAUUAGAUGCCUAAUUUUAGAGAAUUGGAAAAAUAUACUAUCCUAAUAUUCUAUUUACUUCCAUAGAAAAGCCUGUAUUUAAUUGUAGAAAGCAAUGAGGAAUGUGCUUUUUAAUUAUGCUCUCAUAAGACUAAUCAUUUGGGGGGGUUAGUACCAUAUGUAAAUAUUAAAAGUGGUUAUAUAAAUAUAAAUCUGACCAUAUGCACUUCAGUAUUACUUUAGUAUUUGUUGACAUGUUCAAUCUAGGUUAGUAAGGGCUCUUUUAGUUUAUUGGGUGAAUGUGGCAACUUUAGACCUUUGUAUUUCAGUAUAUCUUUAACUCUGGUCAUCUCUUUCUGGAAUCGAUUUCAGGAGAACUGAAUGUGUUGCUCAUCGUUAUUAUGCCAGGCUGUAAAGUUUUAUUGAAACUUGUCCCUUUCUUAGACACUACUGAAAAGGAACCCCACUAGAGUAAUAGAAGUACCUACUGUGUGCCAGUCCAAGUUCAUCAUGCUUGGCUCACACCAGUGCUCUUUCAUAAUAAGCAUAUCAUGUAAUUAAAAGUUUCAUGACAACUAAUUAUUUUUUAUGUAGUUUAACUAUAGUUAAAGGAUCCAGUGGAAUAAUUGGGAAUAGCAGUACAUUUUAAAGCAUAUUUUCUAUUUAUUGGAUGCUGACCUGUUAAAGGAUUUGCUGUGCAAGUAAUUUUACUUAUAAUAGAAUCUUACUUUAGUGGCUGAGGUGCUUCUGUUGUCCUAAAACCACUUCUGGGAUUUUUAAAAUAUAGGACCCUGUGUUUGAUUAGUGUCUUAAAAGAUUACUAUGGUGCUCAGCAAACCUUAUCACGUCCUGCAGAAACCCACAGGCUAAGAAAACAGCUUUGCAGUCAAGACUUGUCUCAUGUGAGCUCAGCUGUGUUUGACCUGCAUCCUCUCAAUUUGUUCUGUAUUUCAGUAACUAUUUAUGUAGGAGUCUUUAAGUCCUUGUAAAUAUUUCUUUUUAAAAGUGAGAAACAAGGUGGUCUUCAAUAUCUUGUUCAUCUGUUUGGAUGCAUUUAGGGAAAGUAACUAAUGAAUUUCACGUAAGUUUUGCAACAGGUGGGAGAGAGUGAGUGUGCACACAUUAUGCAUUAAUCUUCUUUAGUUUUCAGCAAUCUGAAAUCCAUAUGAAUAUUUCUACAUUAGAAAUCAUGACCAGAGGGCUUUGUGUUGUCUUCUAGGACUGAUGUAUGUUGGAGGAGGUUGGUUAGCACAUUGACUAGACAUCUGUUUAUGCUUCAGUCAGGGUUCAUCAUUUUCAUUAUGAUUUGUAUUAAAACUUCCAAAAUGCAUUUGAAGUGGCUUACAAUUGUCAAACACAUGUAAAACAGGCAAUAAAAAUAAAAAUUUUAAAAAAUAAAAAAUUUGUGAGAGAAAGAGCUAUCCCAACACUAACAGAUUAUAAAAUUGAAUGGUAAAUUUAAUUCCAAAUUUCUCUAUAGGCAAAGUAAAGAGAUAAUACUGGGCUAUGUAAGUUUUUAUGUCAGUAAAACCACUAAUGGCCAUGAAUAACAAAAAUGUAUUUAAGUUUUUAUAAGAAUGUGGGAGCUCAUGUUCUUACAACAUAGACUUCAGCCGAUAAGCAUACUGUAAGAUUUCAUGUGUUGAAAGUUUAAUCAAAAGACAUCAUCUAUAUAUAUAAAAGCCUAAGCGACCGUUACAACCGGUCAACUGAUCGCUAUGACCCGCGCUCCCUCAGCCAACCUCCUGUGGGCCCUUAUCUGGCCGGCUGGCCGGCUGGCCCUGAUCAGCCCCGAUUGCCAGCCAGUGCCGAGGGACCCCACCCGUGCACAAAUUCGUGCACUGGGCCUCUAGUUUUAGAAUAACAAGUAUUUGUCCUUUAUUAGUAAAGAUGACUAAAUAUGAUUUAUUUCCUUUUGGUCAUUCCUGCUCUGAACUGCCUUUAGCCUUACACUACAUAGGCCAUGAUGCUUCCAGACUACUUCUAAGAUGCAAAAUGUAGUUUAGAUAGGUGAAAAUUUAUAUGUUGGUUUACUUAGUUGAGCUCUUUUGGUAUAAGCCACUGAGAUACUAGGAAGCUCUCAGUGAGCACAAACCACCGCAGAGAUGCUGCAUACCUAGAAACAGCUUUCCAGACUGGACAGAGAGCUUGUGAUCAGCCUGUCAGGAUAUGCUUUGUAUAAAGUUCGAGUUUGUUGAGCUAAAUGGUCCACAGUCUUAAACAAAAUGCUGUGACCUACUUUCUUUUGGAGGUGAUGGUGGAGGAGAAUAUAAAAGAGACUAUUUUCAUGUUUAUAUUUGUGGUAUAGUAUUAGAAAAUUGUCAGGCAAUUCCCACCUGAUAAAGAUCCCACAUCAACUGUCAUUUAUGAUUUGUAUUAAAAAGGCAUAAAAAAGACAAAUGUUUUUAUCUUUUUCUUCCUUUGGUACCUAGGUUUACUCUUGAGGAUAAAAUAUUUUGAAAAUAGUUCUGUGUCUCCAGGUGGUAGUCCUUCGCUUUGCAUGUGUUACCUCUCUAACCACCCAGAGUUAGGAGAUGAACGGGGGGUUCACACUCUAAUGAAGAAGGUGCAGCAUGCCUGUGUGCUUUUUGUUUAGGCCAGUUGUCGGCAAACUGCAGUUCGCGAGCCACAUGCGGAUCUUUGGCCCCUUGAGUGUGGCUCUUCCACAAAAUACCGACUUCUGCGCAUGGGCCAUGAAGUUUCAAUCGCACUGUACGUGUGUGCCCGCAUGUGGUAUUUUGUGGAAGAGCCACACUCAAGGGGCCAAAGAGCCGCAUGUGGCUCGUGAGCCGCAGUUUGCCGACCACUGGUUUAGGCUCACAGGGAUUUAGUAAUUGACUUUGUCUUGGCUUUCUUAUUUAUAAUUGAAAUCCUGAGCACAGCCACAGAGUAUAAUUUGGGUUGUGAGGAUGGACUUUUGUAUAUGUUGUUGGUGUUAGGAAGUAUAUCUUUUGCCUUUCUUCUUGUUCAGUUCUGUGGAAUUUACAUUUCAAUGUUUUCAUAUUUUUAUAAGGGUUUGCAAAAUAAUUUAGCCCAAACUCUUGUUGGGAUGUAGUUGGGAUGCAGAUUACCUGCCCUAGACUUAAAACUAUUGUGACUGAGGUGGAGAGGUAAUCUCAGAAUCAAAAAGAGACAGCAGCUAUUUGUUCCAGAUGAAGGGGCCAAUGAUUGAGAAUUAACAUUCUUGAACAAUGAUACAAGAAAGGGUAACUUUGACUUGGACAUUUUUAAAUAGAGAGGGGAAUGGGUUUUUUGUUUGGAUAGAAAAGUAUUCAGAACAAAACAAAGUAGUUUCUUUAUACAGGAAAUAAGUCAUUUUGUAUCUUCAUUAUUGAUUGGAAAUUAUACUGUAAGUUUUUUAAAGACAUGUUUUAGUUUCUUGGAGAAGUAGUUCCUGAAGGUGUAUUUUGGUUAUUAUAUGAAUAAAGUCAAAUAAAUUUGGGAAGUGUCGGGUUAGACCAGCCGUGGGCAAACUACAGCCCGCGGGCCGGAUCCGGCCUGUUUGAAAUGAAUAAAACUAUUGAAAAAAAAGAGCGUACCCUUUUAUGUAAUGAUGUUUACUUUGAAUUUAUAUUAGUUCACACAAACACUCCAUCCAUGCUUUUGUUCCGGCCCUCCGGUCCAGUUUAAGAACCCAUUGUGGCCCUCGAGUUAAAAGUUUGCCCACCCUUGGGUUAGACAAAGUUAAGUUACUGCAGGCCUUUCAGAACCUUUGGUAUGCUAUUGUGUGGUUUCAAUCUCCAAGAAGUACCUGUAUCUUAUUUUUGUGUGGAUUUCUUUAAAUAGGUGUUUUGUGAGAUUUGUGUUCUGAGAAAUACACUUAGGGAAAUGCUGCCCUAGAGUGUUUUGGGUGUUUGUGUUCACUGCGAAGGUUUCCCAUUGGUGUCCCUCUGGUGAAUGGUGGCACAUGGGAAGAGACAGGUCAAGACUCCCUUGGCCCGUAAAUUGAGAGAUGGGUGGCUACAGGUGUGCUGGUUGGUUAGGUAGGCACAUGGUAGACCCAUGGCCAGACGAGCGCCACUUUCCCUAGAAUCCCAGUCGGCUUGUGAACUGGUGGUUUCAGAAAACUAACCACUUCAUAGGCAUCUAGGAGACAGAGGGAAUCAACUUGGAAUUCCAGAACAAUCGUCCAAACCGUUUUUAUAGCACUAAAGUCACAUACAAGCUGGUUAUUUUAUAUAUAUAUAAAAAUAUGUACACACAUAAGUAUGUAUACACAUGCACAUACUAGCAUAUAAGUAUGUGUAUACACACACACACACACACACACACACACACACGCACAGUGUCCUAGAAAGUUUAGUUGCUUUAAGAACAAAGCAAAGGAAGGUUAAUGUUUUCAAGUUCUGAUAGACAUUCCCGAAGACAGUCUAAACAUGAAUUGUAUAUUUUUUGGCAUGAGGGUUUAUAGUUCUUAUUAAAUUCUCAGCAGUUUCUAUAUCCCCCAAAUUUUAAACCUCACUAGCCUCCACAUUGCAGAGGACUAAGUAUGUUUAAUUUCAUUUCCAGUAUAAAACCAGAUUACUCGUCAGGUACAAGGAUGCUUUUGUCUGUCUUCUGUAGUGUGUACAGUUGCAGAUUCGGAACACCUGCAAUGCUUUGGAGUGCAUUUGAUGGAAAGCUUGCCUUUGGGUUUUGAGUUGUGUAAUGGGGAACAUCUAGCCAUGUGAAAAGCAGUUGAACCUUUGUUCUGAUUCUUCAGCUUUCCUCAUGCAAAGUCAGAGAAAUGCCUUUUAAUCAUUGAGUUUAUAUAUCCCAGAUCCUUGGAGAUCAAGGAAAAUGACGUGCCAGAAUUUGCAUCAGUGCUUAGCGAGUCCUGAACUACAGAGAAGGUAGUGCUGGCCUUUCAUUCUUUGCACUGUUGGCUCCUUUUGCAUUGCUGGCAUCUUUAUUUCUUGGCAAAGGAAAGGUGUACUCAAGCUUUUAUGUUAAUUACAUAAAGAUGAGUUUUAUUUCUCUUUUGAUUUUAUGUCUUAUUUUGUAAAAUAGGAAAUAAUGUCUUUCCAUUUUUCUGUUUGUCUUGAAGUGGAAAUUUGAGGUGUUUGGAUGUAACUUUAGCUUUCUGGAAGAAGGACAGCAGAGAAGAUGAGUAAGAAAUAUAUGUGUGUACAUAAUUAUUGGCUUUGAUCCACCAAGCUUAUCUUUGAAUGGUAAACAUUUUAAAUAUCAGUUCCAGUACAAAUACUAUGGUUUUGUUAUAAACAAUCUUAAAAUAAGCAAUUUUGGUCAUAAUUUCAAUAUUCUAGCUUUGUCUAGUGUGAGUAUGUUUUACUCAGAGACAAUAUAUAAAUGCCCAGAAUUGGUGAUGAAGAUAAUGUUGUAAAGAAUUUAUUCUGAUAAAUGAGAAACUGGAUAUAAUGUCAAAAUAGCUGUUUUCACAAUAAAAUCUCAAAUUGCCUGGAUGUUUAUUAAA